ACAUCAAGCCUCGGCUUGCGGGCUUUUAUUUUGUAAACAGGAAGUAGUAUUUCACCUGACGCAGAGAGGAGGAGAGAAGCGAGAAGAAGGGAGAGUCCGUAGAAGGAGGAGGAGGCGCAUUGUUUCUGAUUUAAAAUCCAGACUGGUUCGGCUUGUCACACGCCCUCUCGGCAGGGUGAUGUUUCAGUCACUGAAAACAUUUUUUUUUCCCACGUAAAAAAGGCGGACGACAGAAGCGGAAGAGCACCGAGUCGAGGCGUCUCGACUGAAAAAAGCUACGCAGGAUGAGCGAGCGCGCGACGGAAUCAACCAUGUUUAAAACAACUGGAUCCAAGUUGUUGCUGCCUGCCAGUCAGUCCUCGGGCUUGUCUAUUGACCAGGUGAAUUUCCUGGCCUGCCAGUUUUUUGCUCUGGCUGCUGCCUUCUGGUUUCGCCUCUACCUCAGUCCCAGCCAUGCCAGUCCUCUGGUCAGGCAUGCCUUCGCCACGCUCCUCGGGACGGGCUUUCUCAUCUUCUGCUUUGGAUGGUACUCCGCUCACAUCCUGACCGCGGUGGCUGUAAACUACUUAAUCAUCAUUAAAGCCGACAUGGAUAAUGUACACCGGUACACCAUGGUGACAGCUAUGGGCUAUCUGACGGCAUGCCACGUGAGCAGAGUCUUCAUCUUUAACUAUGGGAUACUUUCCACCGACUUUUCUGGACCUUUGAUGAUCGUAACCCAGAAGAUAACCAUGUUGGCUUUCCAGCUUCAUGAUGGUCUGUGUAAGAAAAGUGAACAGCUGACAUCAGAUCAGAAGUUCAUGGCUAUAAAAACGAGGCCGUCUCUCCUGGAGUACCUGAGUUAUAACUUGAACUUCCUGAGCGUCCUGGUGGGGCCGUGCAGUAACUAUCAGGACUACAUCGACUUCAUAGAGGGCAGACACAUAAGCCGCCGGCUGAAGCAGCACACUGCCACGUGUAACGGGCAGAACGGUCACAAUAAGACACCUGACAUAUCGCCUUUUAAAGCGGUGUGUCGAAAGCUUCUGGUGUGCUGCGGCUGUUUGCUCCUCUACUUCUAUGUGACUCGCUCGCUGCCCAUAACCUUUAACGUCGACCCCGACUUCCUCAGCCAGACCCCGUUCCUCUACAGACUCACUUAUGCUUUCUUCUCCAUUCAAGCAGCGAGACCCAAGUUCUACUUCGCCUGGACGCUCGCUGAUGCAGUGAACAACGCUGCAGGGUAUGGGUUUGAAGGUUUGGAUGCAAGUGGAAAACCCUCCUGGGACCUGGUCUCUAACAUCAACAUUGUUGGGAUUGAGACAGCAACCAGCUUUAAGACUUUCAUAGACAACUGGAAUAUUCAAACUGGGAUUUGGCUCAAAACGGUUUGUUAUGACCGAGCCCCAAAGCAUCGGUUAGCGCUGACCUUCGUCCUGUCUGCUCUGUGGCACGGCGUUUAUCCCGGUUACUACUUCACCUUCAUCACUGCCAUCCCCAUCACCAUGGCUGCUCGAGCUAUACGGAGGUCUGUUCGGCAUUACUUCCUGGGCUCCAGAGCUUUGAAGUUGGGUUACGACAUCGUAACGUGGGCGGCCACCCAGCUGACAAUCUGCUAUACCGUCAUGCCUUUUCUGCUUCUUUCAGUUGACAACACUUUGCUUUAUUACAGGUCCAUGUAUUUCCACGUGCACAUCCUCAGCCUCCUGGCUGCAGUUGCUCUGCAUCGGAACCAGAAACCCAGAGAAACCUCGACGUCCGUUUCCCCCGCCUCCUCCUCCUCCUCAGCCCAGCUCCAGCCUGUUCACUCCAACAAUAACGUCAAAGUUCACUGAAAACUCCUCCUUAGCUUCGUUACAAGCAGCUCGGUCUUCUCACAGGGACAAACGGUACAGUUUCAGGUUCUCUACCUGUGACACUGUGUGCUCACAGCAAGGGUCCUGUCAUUUAGAGAUGUGUGUGUGUUUGUGUGUGUGUGACUGUUUGCACAGAGUUACAUGCCACCUGCCUCUAUCAGUGACUGUGUGUGUGAGGACUGUCGGUGUUAGCCCCAACGCUAACAGAAUACUGCAAACUUCAGCUAAAACUGCACCUUCCCUGAGUGAUGAGCCUCUUUCUAUAAAAAAAAAAGAAGAAGAAACUUGAUUCUAUUUCUGUGGAUUAUUAAGAGAUAAAGUUGUGUUACAAACUGAACCAGCUAAAAAUCUGAUUGGAGGAAAAACAAAUUGUUCUCACUGCUGGAAUCACCUUUGAAACAACAGGAUUUAAUGACAACUCUGGUCUGUAAAGUUUCCUAAAAGCUGGUAUUGAGCGUGGACACAUGCCUCUCAUGCGUUUGGUGCUGGUUACCUGUGACCAUGAGGGGACUGUGAGGGGGUCCGACGGAACCAGCUGACUGAACAACCUGCUGGUCUUGAUGACGUCGUGAAGGAAAGUUUUCAGGCUAAAACUCAAACAGCUCAGCGUCUCUACACGUUACCCACCAGCAGCGUUGACUGAUCUUUGUUUCCCCGCACCGAUAACUGGAAGUGAUUAUAUUUCCGCUCCACUUGCUCGUACUUUUGCACAGUUAAAGCUGCUGAAAUGAAAGUUUGUUGAAUCGCAGGUGGUCAGAAACGUGCCGCAGAGAUGUCUGAAAAGGAGUGUGUUACAUACACUCCUGUGCGCCUCUUUUUUGCUGAUUAAUUUAAACAAUAAUUCAUUAUUAAUUCUGCAAACAGCUCAUGAAUGCAGUAUCAGCUUUUUAACUUUUGUCUAAACCUAUAUUUUGGACUUGAAAAUGGACUCUUUUUGUAUUCUUUUUUUAGUCUAAAGCCUCGGAGGCGAGUCUUAUGAGGGGAGAAACAAAAAGACAUGAAUAGUUUUGCUCUUUUCUUUCUAAGACAAGUGAUAACGUAACAAAGGAGGCAUCAGCUGCUGAUUUUUAACUGUGGAACUUAUUUUAAGGACCCAUGUUUUGGGUUAAAGAUGUCACUGUUGUUUUGCUCGUUGUAUUUAAAUGCACAAAGGAUCUCACAAAUAAUGAAGGGCCAGUGAUGGCUUUUUACUGGUCAUUAAACAGUUCUUAACAUUUGCGAGCUAUAUUUUUUAUGACACAGUGUUGAUGGGGAGUUGGUUAAAUAAAGGAAAAAAAACUUUCCCUGACAUUAUGUUGGUGGCACCAUUUGUCUACAUGUGAGCGAUAUGUUGUUUUUUAGAGCAUGGAGGAGGAGACGAGCAGCUGUUGGAAUGAUUUAACACAUGAUUUGUGUGUAGUCACUGUGAGAGUGUGUGUGUAUGCCUCUGAUGUUUCUGUGGAUGCCACUGCUGUUUUUUUUAAAGUACUGUUUGGAGAAAAGAGUGAUUUGUAUAAAUUAAAGCUUAAAAAGAAAUAAACUUUUACUUAAACCCA